UGGCUUUUAUUGCAAAAUUUUAAUGUCUGUUUUUCAAUCGGUUAAAUUAUGAUAUCACUUUGUUUUCCCCGUUUUACAACGAAUUUAAAUGACGAAGAGAUUAAAAAAAAACUUGAGAAAUUACAUCUUUACUGUUCUACUCCAAUGUUAGAUAGCCAAUUAAGCGAACCAAAAAAAGAUAAAGAAUUGAAAUUAUUUUCCGAAAUUAUUCAUAAAGCUUCUUGUUCUCAGUUGCUGUCUCAAGAUUUUAAUGUUUUGGUUAAUUGUGCCAUAAAAAUUCUCUCAAAGUAUUCGCGUUAUCAUAUACCAGACAUUGAGGUAUCUGGGAAGAAACAAAAUAGUAUCUAUCAAGUUGCAAAAGAUAAUUUUGUCAAGUUACUUAGUAUUUAUCCAAAAGAAAAACUAGAUGAUGUUGCUAAAAUUGUUCUCACUAUCAUCGAUAAUCAAAAUUUCUGGCCGACAAGAAAACUGUGCGCUGAGAUCAUUAUAUGUUUAAUUGAUCUUGGAAUAUCUGGAUCAUUAGUUUAUCAUGAAUUGUGCGAUAAGAUUGAAUUUCCUAAUGUUUCUACUGAUGUAGAUAUUAAGCUUGUUGUUAAAGUAUUGUAUGAAUCACUUGAAAAUUACAAAUGGCCUGAAGAUGAGGAAACUGUUAUUUUUCUCAAAAGACUUCUCAAUAUGUUCAAUAAAAGUUUAAAAAGUGCAUCUAAAAAAACCAAAGAUAUGGCUUACACAAACUUGAGAGCUUGUUUAGAACUGUCUGUUCGAUACUUGAUUCGCAAUAUAGCUAAUAAUCAUCGUAUGGUUGCCAUAGAAUACAUGAGCUCAUGGGCAAUAAAGAAAGAUAUGUAUGAUGAUUUCAUUUUAAAUUAUGGAAGUACUCUUGAAUAUGCUGCAUAUAUGCAUCAAGGAACUUCACUGACAGACACUCUCAAUGCUGAUAUUUUAUCAAUGUUGAUGCUGAUGAUUGGAUCCAAUAUUCGAUUUGUAUCUUUACUUGGAAAUAGAAUUUUUCAAUAUCUCAUAGACAGUAAUAAGAAUCAAAUGUUGUUCAAUAAUCCAAAAAUAUUUUUUCAAGGUAUGCAUUUGAGUAUGAAACCUUGCAAGUAUAAUAGAGAAGAUAAACAACUUUUAAAGAAACAUAGAGAAAUCAUACAUGAAAGUUUAAUUAGAAGUUUUGUCAAUCACAAAUCAACACGUUUGAAUGUAGAGACUACUUAUUGCACUGUAUGUUUGUUGAUUGUUGCAAUACCCUGUGGUUUUACUGCAGCAGCUAUAUGUUGUCUUAUGAUGAAUCUGCAAGACAUUGUUUUAAAUAAAUUGGAAAAAACAGAAAGGAAAGAAUUAUACCAUCUACACGCGAUUAUAAUCUCAGUGAUAACGUUUAUAUGCUGGAUCGAGGAGGCUGAACAUUUUCACGAGUACAUGAACAAAAUAGUAAUGGAAAGAGCGCAAUGGGCGCCACAUUUAAAUCCACCGCUUCAGUCGUAUUAUAAUUUCGCGUCACAUCAUUUGCUAUGGGACAAGCCAGAAUUAUUUCCUAUCGACUGGGAAGUACGUUACGGAUUGUGGAAACGAUUUAGACUCAAUAUAUCUACUAAAACUAAAAAAGUCUUAUAUGUGGUUGAUAAAUAA